UCUGUUGGAGGGAUCUGGCAACCCAGCAGAGGUCCACCGUGUAUUUGCAUCGGUGCAGCGAAGCUAACGCAAAAAAGCGUUUUAAAUAAUCUGUCAGCAGUUGCACAUGUCUGCUUUAAUAAAGGCUGACUGAGAAGGGGGCGUUACCCAGAGCAGUUUCUGAACAUGGAUUAUGAGAGGAGGGGCGGCCGCGGGGACCGAAUGGGUCGCUAUGGCAAAGAUGCAGAGGACCAUGAUUACAGGGACAUGGACUAUCGCGGCUACAGACAGGACAGAAUGGACGGAGCCUUCGGGCAUGAUAAUGGCCUGAGCGGUGACCGGCAGCACGGACGUGAUGACUGUGUGGGAGGGAUGCGAGAUUUCCCAGCAGGUCACUUUCCUGAGAACCGGGGAGGAUUCAGACAGAGGGGAACCCGUGGAGGUGAUGGCAACCGGCGAGGGAAAGGCUUCCAGUACGAUCCUCCCCGAAUGCCCCCACGAUUCCAGCAAGAGGAGAGAGAUUAUCACUUUGAGGCUGAACACGAGGCACACAGGAGGGACUACCAGCCUUUCAGGCAGAUUCAGACAGAUAAACACAUUCCACACCAAUCGGAUAAUGCAGAAGAAUGGGGGCGAGCGGGGGGGAUGAGCACAUCCCAUCAGGAGGAAUACGGCACAGGGCGACGAGGUGAAGAUGAGAAAUACUCCAGAGGUGUUGGCCAAACAAGGGGUUUCUGUCCCCAGCAGCAGUCUGGAGCGAGGGAUGAAGCUGGAGAGAGUGCGUACCCAGCAGGGGCGGAGUCCGGACCAGAGGAGGCAGAGCUUCGGGAUCAGGACUACAGAGCUGAGGGAGAACAGGGCCAGAGACCCAGCAACAUCAUCAUGCUCAGGAUGCUGCCUCCAAAUGCCACCGUCAAUGAGAUUCGGGCCCAGCUGCAGCAGCAGGGAGUCCAGCCACGAGAAGUGCGUCUCAUGAGGAAUAAAUCUUCAGGUCAGAGCCGAGGAUUCGCCUUCGUCGAGUUUAAUGACUUACAGGAGGCCAGCCGCUGGAUGGAGAGCAACCAGAGAGUGCUCACUAUCCUGGGACAGAGGGUGUCCAUGCACUACAGCGACCCCAAACCCCGCGCCAACGAGGACUGGCUCUGUAACAAGUGUGGAGUGCAGAACUUCAAGCGGAGGGAGAAAUGUUUCAAAUGUGGAGUUCCAAAAUCAGAGGCUGAGCUCAGACUGCCCCUGGUACAGAAGGAGUUGCCCCUGGGGCAGUUAAAAGACUCCUCACAGGGUCUACUGCCCCUCCCCACCAUCUAUCAGACCACUGCUCCCCUCAUCAGCGUCACCAACACAUCACAGACUAACGAGGUGGCCAACGACACUCUGAUCCUGAGGAAUCUGGGUCCUCACACCAGUCUGGAGGCGAUCCUGUCGGCUCUCGCUCCGUUCGCCACUCUGUCUCCCUCCAACAUCCGGCUCAUUAAAGACAAACAGACGCAACUCAACCGCGGCUUCGCCUUCCUACAGCUCACCACCAUCGUGGAGGCGUCUCAGCUGCUGCAGAUUCUACAGGCUCUGCAGCCUCCUCUCUCCAUCGAUGGGAAGAUCAUAUCUGUGGAAUUCGCCAAGGGCUCCAAACGUGAUGUGUUUCUGACUGAUGGCAGUCGUGUUAGUGCUGCUACAGUGGCCAGUACAGCGAUUGCUGCAGCUCAGUGGGCCGUAUCUCAGACAGCCCAGCAGCUCUCUGCAGGAGCCCCGGGAGGCGAUACGAGUGCGUACCAGCAGGGGGCAGCAGCUUUGUUUGUGCAGGAGGGUCCAGAUGUGGGCAGCCCUGAGGGCUUUAAAGGGCCUGGCGCUGUGAGAACGGACUUGACCUCAUCCGCCCCGGGGAUAAUGGGGGCCUAUGAGGGAGGGGGCGGGGCUACAGCUGCAGUGGUCCCAACAGUGACUGAAGAUGGCGGGGUCACUUCUUCAGCUGCUCUCGCCCAGACACCCUCGCAAACUGUCACCACGACACAGCCCAGCCAGGCUACAGUAACUCCGCAGGUUGAAAUUGUUGGAAAACCACAGCCAGCCACACCAGGAACAGCGUUUGAGCGACAGCAGUAUCCUGAUCCUGAUGUUUCUACAUAUCAGUAUGAUGAAAGCUCAGGUUAUUACUAUGACCCUCUCACUGGCCUCUACUAUGACCCCAACUCACAGUAUUUUUAUAACCCCCACACUCAGCAAUAUAUGUACUGGGAUGGAGAAAAGCACAUGUACAUCCCGGCUUCCACACAGGCCUUGACUGACGCUGCCAUGGCAACAAGCUCUGACCCCUCAGCUCUGGGCAGCAAGGACAAGAAGGACAAACCCAAAACCAAAACAGCCCAGCAGAUAGCGAAAGACAUGGAGCGCUGGGCUAAAAGCCUGAACCGGCAGAAGGAGAACGUGCGCUCCUCCUCCGCUUCCACAAACGCACGACGGCCCGAGGACCGGCGAGAAUCGGCCAGCGCUGACGCCGGAUACGCCAUCCUGGAGAAAAAGGGGGCCUUGUCAGAACGACCACAAAUUCUGAUUGACCAGAUAAAGCAUCCUGAGGAGAGAGAGAGGAGUCCUCCUCAGAGUUUGGUAGCAGCGUACAGAGGAGAGACGGACAGCGAGGAGGAGGGAGCGGAAAGGGAGGAGAAACUGACCGACUGGACUAAACUGGCCUGUUUACUGUGCAGGAGACAGUUUCCCAGCAAAGAAGCUUUACUGAGACACCAGCAGCUCUCUGAGCUCCAUAAGCAAAACCUGGAGCAGAGGAGGGCUCGGCAGGAGGCUGCAGAGGGGGAGAUGAGGUUCGGCGGCCGUGCUGCGGUCAGGAGGGAGGCGGCCACUCUGCCGGAACAGCCGGACGCCAGAAAGAGGAAAUACAGCCCCGUGUAACAGCCGACAUCAGCCAUUACUCUGUUUUUACAUUUUCUAGGCUGAAUUUAAUCAUCACAGCCUUUGAGUAUCUGAAUCCUCUCCUCUCUCUGCCUGGUGUGUGUCUUGGUGGAUAAAAAAGUAGCUCUGGAUGUUUGAGUGGUCUAAGAGAGGAGCUCAUCAUCUCCUCAUGCACUGGUGGCCUAAUGAUACACACACACACACAGCAGGAGAAAAGUCUGGAAGCAACAGAACAUUUACAAUAGUGAACAAGAACAUGUGAGAUUUACAACAGAUAACAGGCAGGUAGUUGUGCUUAUUAAAGGAAUAUUCAAGUUACACUCUUAAAGGACAGUUAUGCUUUAAAACUAACAUUGAAAGGAUGUUUAGAUUUGAUCGAUAUUCCAAACUGAUACUUAUUGAACUCCAGAAGAGACAAACGCUUUGGGUCACUGCACUAAAAUAUCCACAUUUUAUUCAUUUUAUUGCAUUUACAAUCCCACAUUCUUAAUUAUUGCUGGAAUUUCACAAUAUUUAGCUCAGUGUUAAUCUCAGUAAUUUAACACUAAUUUUUCACAGUGAAAUAUUGUAUUUAUCAUUUCACCAUGAAAUCAACUUAACAUAUUUUCUGUAAGCACAAUUUUUUUUGAUGCUUUGGUGUGUUAUUUUUUAUUUAGUUUAAUGUUUAAAUGCUAGGACCCUGAGGUGUUGACGAUAAUUUUGUCUAUUAUUAUUAUUGUCAGAGUUUUGUCAUGUUUGUGCAAAUUACAAGCACAGAUAAAAUGUUUAUGUAAAAUGUUUGUUUUCUGUUAAUAUGCAGAGUAAAACAUGGUGAAUAAUAAAAAACAAACACAUUUACAGGUCUGAUAAAAGUAAAAGAAUUUUUAAUAUGUAAAUUUACAGUAAAUAAUUGGCUACUAGCUGCAUUAUUUUCACAGUAAUUUAUUGAGCCUUAUUAACAGUAAAUAACAGUAAAAUAUGAGCUGAAUACUGUGAUUCCAGACUCACCUGCACCACAGCAUUACUGUGUUGUAGCUGUUAUUCUGUACACACAGUAAUAAGCUGAAAUUAAAAUACAAUAAUCCUCUGUGUUUUUACCUAACAACUGUAAAAGUAAUGCAGGUCUGUAGAGUGUGUUACUGUAAAUUUACACACAAUGAACAUAUUUAUUGACCAUGUUUUGCACUGUGAAGGCACAGAAUAUCUCUUAUAAAAGAUUUUAAAUGCAAGUACACAUUUCACAGACUGUUCCAGGCAAAAAACAACAAAUCCUGAUUUGUUAGAAUAAAAACAUUUGAAAUGUUUUAUUACAAUGUUAACACUUUUAAUUGCUAUAAUAUCUUUUGAUGCUGUGUGAUGCAGCUCAGUGUAAAUCUCAGUAAUUUGGUGUGUUACAGAAAAUAUGUUGAUUUCACUAAAGAUGUUGAAUUCCUGGCAUUAAUUAACUUUAAAUAGGUGGCAAACAUGAAAAGUCUUGUUAAUGUUUAAAGAAACUCUGCAUAAUUUAAAGGUUUUGAGAAGAAUUAAAGGGCCCCUAACUUUGAAAAUUGAAUUUUCCUUACUGCUUUGAUAUGAAAUAGUUUAAUCAGGUAUCUAAAUAUUGUUAAAAUGUCAAAACAUUUUGACUUUUCAGUUCAUGCAGUCCAUGUAUGGAAACUCAAUCAGCUAAUUUACAUAUAUUAAUGCAGCAAUUUAGCUCCGCCCACGCACGCUUAAGUUAUAAGGAGUGUUUCAGCCGGGACUAUUAUUUGAAUGAGGACAGCCAGUCAGCACAGAGCUCAUUUCCAUAUGCUACUCUUAAAGGCACAGUAACAAAAACAGCCUGUUUAACUGUAAAGGAUAAAGAGAGGUUCGAAAAUGGUUGUGUAGAAAUGAAUUAGAACUGUUUUUGGUACAUAAAACCAGACUAACAUUAUAAAUGAACCUCAGGGGGAAAAAGAUAAAAUACAAGAACCUUUUGGUUUAGUUUAGAAACCUUCAUGUUUAAGAAUAUAAACUCUGUCUGCUCAGCUUCAGCAUCUGCUGCUUGACUUCUACUGUCGUUAUAAGUUCUUUUCUAAAUUCAGGGAAACUGUUGUCUGUGCUAAUCUGUUGUAUGCAGAAAAAAACGCUUUAGUGAACUUGAAGGUAAUAAGCAGACAUAACUGACCUAUCUAAGCUCCGCCCACAAAAAUUCAACAGACUGUUUUGUAGCUAAUUGAUGCUGGGCAUGUUAGAAGACAACUAUAAAAAAAAACCUGAUCAAAUCAUGCAUAUCAUUUUAAAUUAAAUGACAGUCUAAAUUUCUGCAUAAUUGAGUGUUUGAGAUGUAGAGUGAUUCAGAGUGCUUUGGUGUGAAAUGGUUCAGAUUUCUUUAAAGUGGUGGUGAUAGGAAUCGGGUCACCAUGACAACAACACAAAUAUAGACAUUUUAUUUACUAUCCAAAACCACCAGUGAACCUACACGUGUCUUCUGAGUUUUAUAUGGAAUGUUGAUGAUAGGAAAAUAGUGGAAAAUCUGAAAUAAUAAGUUUUCUUUUGGGCAUCUGUUUUGUCUCGCAGCACCCUGCAUAUUGUGUAUCCCUCCACCAUGAAUGGAGUUUAAGGCCAAAAUGUUCUCAAAACUAUCAUAAAACAAUGUCCCAGACUUCAGGCAGUGUAUUUAUAACCAUUUCAUGUAAUAACUUUCUGUGAGGGAGCUUUUAGAGGUGGACGUCCGGUUCCUAUCACCACCACUGUAAACAAUUUUGACUCGGUACGUUUCUCUAGAACAGAGCGUUUCACGCCAAACCACUCUGAAUGACUGUUUGCAUCUUCACCACUGAAUUACACAGAGAAUUAGAAAAAUCGGUAUAAUUCCCCUUUAAUAAGUCACUCUAAUGUAGGUAUUUGGAUAUAAAGUCGUGUUCUAUCGUUUCUUAUUAAGUUUAAUAAUGUGGGCGGAGCUUGGAGGCUUAGUUUGUAAAAUUGCUUGCUUCCGUACUUUUGGCCUACAGUGUACAUACACAUACACAGACUGUUUCUAUUUUAAUUAAAUUCACUAUCACCAUGGCAUGGUGUUUUAAUGAUGUCAGCCUUUACAUUGAUGUUUAAAAUAUAUAUCUAUUUGAUGACGAGGGGGUCUGAACAGCCCCUUCCUGAACAUGCUUACUGUGUGAAUAUUUUAGUUCAUUUAACUUCCACAUUGACUGGCGUACGGUACAAUCAGUGUGCUGAUGAACAGCCUGUGUGGAUGCACUAAUCUUCUAUGCAUUUUAUUGUGAACUUUACCUUUGAUUUUGUCUAUGCAGCAGGUAACAGACAUCCAAAGUGAAUGUGAAGAAGUGGAAAAAUCCAGUCAUUUCAGUGGCGAUUGUCCAGUGUUUUGGUGAAAAUGCAGAGACUUUUCAUUUACGUGUUGUAUGUAAGACUUUAAUUGUAGUAUAUGAACUGCUUUGUGAGAGAUUAUAUUCGAGUAUAAUUCUCAUUCAUUCUCACGCCGUUACCGAAGGCACAGUAUGUCAAAGAAAAUUCACUUUUGUAUAAUUUGUCACAAAAUAUGUGAAAAUAAUUGUUAUGGAUUGUUUUAUUUUCUGUAAAAAUGAUCACAGACAUUGUAAACCAGUUUUUAAGAGGAGAGAGCAAAUGAUAUGGAUGGAUAAUUCUAGAAAUUAAAUCACUACAUGUGUGUCCUGUUCUGUUUUC